UGUUGGUAAUUUUUUCGCAACCUCACAGCAGCAGCAGUUGAAUAUUGUGUAGUGCGGUAGAGUUAUCGUGAAUUCGGGUUUACGCGAGUGUAUUUCUUCACCGAGUCUCCGUUGACCAUAGUAGAUUACCGUACACAACCGGGUGCACCUAACGUUGCUUAUAUAAGCCCGCCGGAUUUCUAGAUUGAGGCAGGUGGGCCAGAUUGGACCGGAUUGUGUGACCAGCAAGAAGAACAAAGAUGUCCAAAGCAAGUAAAAUUGUACUUCGGAUUCAGUCCGCUGAAGGUACCAAACGAGUGGAAAUUAAUCAAAAUGGAACCUUGCGGGAACUGUACGAUCUUGUUCACACCAGCUGUGCUAACGAUGGGUUUGCUUUGUACAAGGAAAGAAAUUGUAGCAAAGAGCUCAUAUCCAGUCGUUCUCAAACAUUGAAAGAAAUUGGUCUAAAGCAUGGUGAUAUGGUUUACCUAAAAAACAUCUCAGGACCUUCAACCUCAAAGGGACAUGAAAGAAGUGCUUCUACAUCUUCUGUCGCAUCAACGAGCAGUUUCACGAUGGGUGGGACGGCUAGUUCAAGUCGCGAAGCCACUCCCGGUACUAGCGCAGGUUCCGCUACCACAGUACCUUCGAAUAGCGAAGAUUCCGUUGAUAUUGAAUUAUACAAGCUAGAUGGACGUAUUCAAAGAAAGCGAGACGAAAAGCUAUGCCGCCAUAACUCUAAUGGUUGCUGCGUUCAUUGCUCCCCACUGGAGCCAUGGGACGAGUCCUACCUCAAGGAGCAGAAAAUUAAACACUACUCCUUUCACACGUACUUGAAGAAGCUCACUUCCGGCGUCGACCGCGGUAAGUUUGUAGCUCUGGAAGAUCUCAAUUGUAAGAUUAAAACCGGCUGCCGCGAUCAUCCGCCGUGGCCCAAAGGUGUUUGCUCCAAGUGCCAGCCUUCGGCAAUUACGCUGAAUCGACAAACGUAUCGGCACGUUGAUAAUGUGAUGUUUGAAAAUACGGGCAUUGUGGAGCGAUUUUUGAACUAUUGGCGCACCACAGGUCACCAACGUAUUGGCAUGAUUUUUGGUACCUAUGAAAUUCAUCCGGAUGUUCCGCUGGGUAUCAGGGCACGCGUUGCAGCAAUAUAUGAGCCGCCACAGGAAAGCAAUCGCGACUCGAUUCGACUGUUGGAUGAUGAACACGAGGUCGAAGUGGAUGAACUGGCCCGACAGCUAGGACUGCGUCGUGUCGGGUGGAUUUUUACUGACCUACUGGCGGAGAAUGCUGCUGCUGGCACGGUAAAGCAUGUGCGUAACAUUAAGACACACUUUUUGACCGCUCAUGAGUGCAUACUAGCUGGUCACUUGCAGAACAAAUAUCCCAAUCGCUGCAAAUAUGCGUCCAAUGGGUACUUUGGAUCGAAGUUUACCACUGUUUGUGUAACUGGUGAUGACAAAAAGCAAGUGCACAUGGAAGGCUACGCAGUUUCGGCACAAUGCAUGGCACUGGUUCGGGACAAUUGUCUCAUUCCUACUAAAGACGCAUCCGAGCUGGGAUAUAUACGUGAGUCUACAGAUAAGCAGUACGUCCCGGAUGUAUAUUACAAGGAAAAAGAUGUCUACGGCAACGAAGUUCAGCGCUUGGGACGACCACUGCCGGUGGAGUACCUACUGGUUGAUGUGCCCGCUUCGACGCCCGUGGUCCCAUUGUACACAUUUCACGAGCGAAAGGACGUCAGUCAGUACUUCCCGGUUGAAAAUCGGCUCAUCGAUGGUCACAUUCAGGACUUUGCAGCCCUGAGCGAUUACCUAGGCAGGUCGCGGUCAAUGGACUUUUUGGAAACAAUGUCGGACUUCCACCUGCUGCUGUAUCUGUACCGCAUGGACAUGCUACCAAUGAAGUCGCAGAUGGGUCCACUAUUGGAAGCGGUUCGUGACAAAGAUAAAUCGGCAGCCAACGAAUGGAGAAAUCAGGAAGUGUGGCGAACGUUGGAGCAAUUGAUCUCGGCCACUUCACACCAUGACGACUCCAGCAUGAGCAACGACGUUGAAUUCGUGUCCGCCGGGGAAGCAGAACAGAACUGGACUUGCUCUCAUUGUACGUUCAUCAACAGUCGGGAACUGCCGACGUGUGAAAUUUGUAAUCUUCCCAGGGUCUAAGCUACUAAUAAUAGACACGUACUAAAGGCUGCCGUAUGAAAUCUAGUAAACAGCAUAAUCAAUUUGGCUAUCUCAGAUUUGUAUAUUGCCAAUAUGUACUGAAACGUUUUAAAUUUGUGAGUAAUCUUCACAAAAGGAAAUGGUAGAGUCGCUCAUUGAAAGCCACAUAGGAAUGUGCGAGAAAUAGAUGUAGCAUGGGUGAAAUUAUUCUAUUAAAACCUUUUUUCGUUUCAACUGAAUAUUGAUGGGAAACAAAAUAUUUUCAUAUUUUAGUAAGGUCAAUUCAAUUUGAGCUGGUUCAAGGCAAUUGCAACCAAAACAAACCUUUGUGCUAAUUAAAUAAUCCGUUGGUAGUUCAAAAAUAUGAAAAUACUUUUGUGAUUCAAAGUUAUCAAAUUCGAAGUGGAUAUGGAUGAAGAUAACGAGCGUAAACUCGAUUGAAUUCUAACAUUUAAGCCAAUAUUUAUUUUUAAAUGGUAAUAAAAUCAGAUUGAAACAAA